AUGUUCAAGUCUCACCAACUUUCCCAAGAGCAGAUUGACCACUUCAUGUGGUUUGGGUACGUUCGAGUCCCAGACUGCUUCUCAAAGGCCAAAGCAAACAAAUGGACAGGCGACGUGUGGUCGAGACUCGGCUAUUCACCAACAAACAAGUCAACCUGGACGAAUGAAAUGACCUGGAUGGAUGAGACAAGAGCGGAAGCCAUAAAGACAUUUGCCCCCAAGGCAUGGGCCGCCAUUUGCGAACUUCUCGGCGGCGAGGACCGCGUAGCACCCGAAUCGGCCACCUGGAACGAUGCCUUUAUUGUUAAUCUCGGCUCGCCCGAGACCGAAGGGACGUGGCCCAACCCUGCUGAUCUGCCAGGGUGGCAUGUGGACGGCGACUUUUUCACUCAUUUCCUUGAUUCGCCUGAGCAGGCUUUGCUGGCCAUACCCCUGUUCUCCGAUGUCCAGGAACGUGCAGGUGGCACUAUGGUCUGUUCGGAUGCACUUAAGUUUAUUGCGCAACACUUGUACAAUCAUCCCGAAGGAGUGACUCCAUAUAUGCUCCCACGAAACGAAAAGCCUGUUGGGAAUCCUAUGGAGACUUCUUUCUAUUCGGAUAUCGUGAAUCAGUGUUUUGAGUUCCAUCAAAUGACUGGCAAGGUCGGCGAUGUGAUUCUUUUGCAUCCUUUGAUGGUUCACUCGGUUUCUGUCAACAGUCUGAGACAUCCCCGUAUCAUCACCAAUCCGCCAGCUCAAUUGAGAAAGCCGUUUAACUUUGACCGCAAGGAUCCCUCCAAGUAUAGUAUUGUCGAAAAGAAAACGCUCUCUCUAUUGGGCAAAGAAAGACUACCGGGUUGGAAAAUUCAAGGCCAGAGAGAGUAUGUUACUCCCGACAGACUGAAGUGA